AUGACUUUCACCGGAAUGCCGUCCGAGAAAGAGAAGAUGCUCCGAGGGGAGCUCUACUAUGCCUUCACUCCAGAACUGAUAGGUCUUCGGACUCGCUGUAAACAUGCCUGUCAGCGAUUCAACAAUGCCGGUGACGUAUCUCGCCGGCGACAAAUCGAGCUUUGGAAAGACAUCGUCGAUGACAAGACUCCUCUUCCACCUCCAAAACAGGACCCCGCCGAAGACGAUGCUCUUCUAUCACGGGAGCCAUGGAUCGAGGCACCGAUCCGGAUCGACUACGGGUUCAACGUACGGCUAGGAGAAGGGGUGUUCAUCAACUUCAACUGCGUCAUCAUCGAUACUUGCCUUGUCACUAUUGGGGCACGAACAAUGCUAGGUCCGAACGUCAGUCUAUAUAGCGGAAUUCAUCCGCUGGACCCCGCUGUGCGCAAUGGAACUGAGGGUCCGGAGCUGGGAAAAGAAAUCCAUAUCGGCGAGGAUUGCUGGUUGGCCGGAGACGUGAUCGUCCUCCCGGGGGUUACGAUUGGGAAGGGAGCGACAAUCGGGGCGGGGAGCGUAGUAACUAAGGAUGUUCCUGCUUUCCAUCUUGCUGCUGGGAAUCCAGCCAGGAUCAUUCGGGAGAUUGAGACAUCGAUGACCGAGUAA